GUAACUGAUUGUGGACUUGUUAGGUCCUUAUUUUUGUUCUACAUUAACUGUCUUAGUUCUUUGGACAUCGGAGUUUAAACGCUGUUUUGGGGAAUUGGCAUUUUGGAUUAAUGGCUCGGAACGUCUGUGAGCUGUUAAGAAAUAACCAAGGACCCUAUGACGCAUAUAUCACGCGAGAGUGAUGAUCACACAACUUUGUCCAAUUGUAUGGAGGCUAAUGGUGGGGAAAAUGUUUACAGCGCGAGCACGUAUGUUUCAGUGACGUCACCGUUUUGUGCACAGUUCACCAACCAGCCAUUUGACUUCCUGGGUAAAUAAAUAAAAGCCCAUGUAUUGAUUUGGAAGAAAGCAAGGCAAUAAAGCUAACAUCAUGCCGCGGCGAGGUGCAGGAGUCGGUGCCAUAAAGAACAAAAAUCUUGCCCAGGCACGUUACAAGGAUAAAGGUUCAGAAAUAUCUGCUGAUCAAAUCGCGCAGAUGGCCAAGCAAAUGGAAACAUUCCGCACUCACCUAGCCGACUUUGCCAGCAAACACAAAGGGGACAUAAAGAAGGAUUCGACAUUUCGUGUUCAGUUUCAGGAAAUGUGUGCCUCCAUUGGAGUGGAUCCGUUGGCCUCGAGUAAAGGCUUCUGGGCAGAGAUGCUGGGUGUGGGGGAUUUCUAUUACGAGUUGGGUGUACAGAUCAUAGAAGUCUGCCUGGCUACCAGCCACAGGAAUGGAGGUUUGAUAGGAAUAGAUGAACUGAAGCGGAAAUUGACAGCCACUGGAGGAAGAAGCAGACAAGACAUUAGCACGGAUGACCUUUUACGAGCUAUCCGUAAACUUAAAGUGCUGGGUAACGGUUUCUCUGUGAUUCCUGUGGGAGGGAGUUUCUUAGUCCAGUCUGUUCCAGGGGAGCUAACUAUGGACCAUACCACUGUCCUACAGCAAGCUGAUGGUACAGGAUUUGUGACGGUGUCACAGCUUGUCAAGGAGCUAAACUGGGAGAGUGGACGCGCCCAUAGGGCCAUGGAUUACAUGGUAAGAGAAGGACUGGCCUGGGUGGAUGAUCAGUCCCCAACAGACAGGCAAUACUGGUUCCCCGGGCUUUUCACAGACCUAAAAGCUUCUGCUGCAGCCUCGUGAGGUUAAAUGGAAUUCUGCUGACUCUCGGAAGGACUCCAGUCAUGCCAGUGAGGAUCGUGUGGUGCAUUUGGGACACAUCAAGGUUGACGAGACAAAUCUUUUGGAACUCUGCUGCUUCGGAUGUCCAGCGUCCACAGUUAUUAGUGUAAAAAAUGUUCACGCAUAACUGGAAAUGUCUGCAAAUGGCCCAGGACUUAUUUAUUAUGAAAAUGUACAUACUUGCAGGUUGUAUGUCAUUGUAGCUUAUGUGCCACAGAUGGUACAGUAUGGACAAAUAGAGGUGCCAGCCAGGAUUUUUUUUCUAUUUUUCAAUGUUAUUUUUGCAUUUCUGUGCAUUCAGCAAUGUGUGUGAGAACCUUGUUCAAUGUCGGCCUUGGUUAGGGAAUUUGUGAUUUCCCCGCUCUCAGAUGGUGCUUGUAGGACCGUUUAGGCAGACAAAUGUUUGUUAAAGACCACCUCCACACGUGGGGAAACUUGUUCGUAAUUGGCCAAAGGUUGUAUGGUUUUACACCAGGCACUCCGCCACGCACAUAGGGCUAGCAUCGUACUUGAGGAAUUGAAAUAAUACAAAAUAGAGAACUUUGAUGCAUCUUGAGUCACUAAACAACGUUUCUGAGUGUUUGACAUUCUUUCAUGACUUUCGGGUGAUUAAACCAAAUCUACCUGCAAAGUUUGGGCCCUCGCUGGCACGGACAGUUGAAAUCAGGGGAGAUUUUAUUCUCAGAGUUGAAUUCAACUCGCUGCUUCGGCUGUGGCAUUAAAGCAGAAAUUCGUCGGGUACCUGGUGAAGAUCUUCUGUUUAGUCUAGACAUUCCAUUCCCUGAAUGGACCAACACCAUUGGUCGCUGAUUUUAUGUUUCCCACAUUGUUGUGAAGCAAUUAAGAAACAUCCGAUUCUCCUCGUCACAAUUCUUAAAUAGAUCACAUCUCUACACUGUAUUCCUGCAAAUUGUCAGCGAUAAAUAUGAUGUACUUAUUUAGCAUAUGAAACCCUGUUCGACGCUAAUAAAAAAACUCAGAAGGCCAGUGAUUGUGAACGAGACUAAUUUAUCAGAUUGUAUAGAACUUGUACGCAUUUCUAAAGUAAGAUGAAAUGAUUCAUGUCACAGUUUAUAUAUAUAUUGACAUGUAUUAAAUAUUAAAUGUAACACAUAUUACUGAAGUUAAGCUGAAGUUACAUGCAUGCAUGUGUACGUGUAUUUGCUUAACUGGUGUUUUAUGCCAUAAAAAAUAGUAGACUUACA